UGUACCGAAUUUCAAAAACUUCUUUCCCAUGUUUACUUUUGGUGAAGCUUCUCUCCUCCCAUCUUUCCAUCUUUCUUCCUUUCCUUCUAUUCUUUGUCUCCCUCUUUCUCUUUCUUCUCUGUCUUCUGCCCUCCGCGACUCUGGAUCUCUAGCUACUUAGCUAGCAGUUGGGGAGGUGUAUAAGUGGUUCAUGGAUAUUGAUCUCUUGUGGGCCGUCGGGGGGUGGCUUCUUAUUCCUGAUUGCAUGGCAACAUUGAAAACCUCAUCGAAAAUCUCCGAAAGCUCUUCAAAAUCCCAAAACCCUUUCCUUCUCUUUCUUGGCCUCAUUUUCAUCUUCCUCGUUCUCGUACACUCCUCUGAUCCCUCCAUUAGUCCAUCUCUGGAAUCAACUCAAACUCUUGUCCCUCAUUCUUCACCAUCAUCAGCCUCAUCGCCAUCACCACCAUCAUCUGCUAUGAAACUGCACUCCAGAAGGAGCAAAACUAUGCACACGCCAUCAUCAUCAUCAUCAUCUUCUGCUUCUAGGGAGUUUGAAGCUGGUGAACAUGAAGUUCCAAGCGGACCAAACCCCAUAUCAAAUUGAAAAGGUAAGCUCGUUGAAUUACACAAUUUGAAGUCUACUCACGAACCGGGAAGGAUGCUAGCUAGCUAGCUUGAGUCGUUGCUAUCAUCUCUGGUAAUCCUCGUAUCAGUCGCCGCCAAAUAUUAGUUGUCCUCAGCGAGAGGAUUAAGUUAAUUGGCUUUGUUGUCUUGGCCAUUGUUAUUAGCAUCACUUUUUGCCCUUAAUUCUCUAUCAUAUCCUCUUUUGUAGAAUUGUAUAGCAAAAGAACCUAUUUAUAAUAUAUCCUUGUAUGUAAGGAUCUACAUAUUUCGGAUAUAGAUCAUAAACUAUCCAUGAUAAUUAUUAUGGUAUUGUACUAGAUUGCUGUUGUUAGUGUUACAUAUAGUUUUGAGACAUAGGAAGAGAGAGAGAGAGAGAGAGAGCAUCUUUAGUUUGCUUGUGUAAUUCGUUGAUUGGUUGAAAUAUUUAUGUAUAUUUUCUUUCUUUCUUUCUACUUUGCUUCAAGCAUUUAUUCC